AUGGUUACGUGCUUAUUCGAUAAGGUCCUCCAUAGUGAAGAUAAUUCACAAAAUUCCAAUGGUGCGGCCGUUGUGAAUGGUUGUGCUCAAUCAACAAACAACAACAGCAACACACAAACUGAUCUCAGCACAUCAAUUCAAAAAUUAUGGAAGAAACUGAACAGUCUUCGUCUUGAAACGCAACCGUCGAAUUUGCCACAGCCGUUAACCGUACCGUCGAUGACUGCGAUCGUUUGUCAGCUCUAUCAGAAGGCCAUUCUUACUCUGACAACACUUCAUUCUGAUAUUCUUGCUGGUUCGAUUUAUCGUUUCUUAUUCGAUCUUUUAUUGUAUAGUAAUAAUGAAAGGAAUAUUGAUGCAUUAUUGGUUACUGCCCUAUUUAUUAUUAUUGUUAUUAUAAUCUGUGUAAAAAUAUCAAUAAAUCAGUAG